AUGACGACUACUUUCAUCAUUCGCGAUGUCCGAAUCUUUACUGGCGAAGACAAGAUCGACGAGGGAUAUGUUCAUGUCCAAGAUGGCAAGAUCAAAUCUGUCGGACCAAUGAGCAGCAUGCCACAGGAAUCAGUAACAGCGUAUUCAAAGCCAGGACACACCCUUCUCCCUGGUCUGAUCGACUGCCAUAUCCACGCCGAUAGAGCUGACCCCGAAGCACUGCCACAAUCUCUGAGAUUCGGAGUCACGACCGUGUGCGAGAUGCAUAAUGAGAUUCACAACAUCAAAACACUCAAGAAGCAGACUCUACAGCCAGACACGGCAUCUUACAAGACAGCAGGCCAAGCUGCUACAAUCGAAAACGGAUGGCCAAUUCCAGUCAUUACCGCUCACGACAAGAGCGAAGAGACUGCUGCUGCCAUCGCAGAGUGGCCAAAGCUGACGGACCGCAACAGCGUCAUUGAGUACCUGGAAUGGACAAAGAAAGAGAUGCAGCCCGAUUACAUCAAGCUGAUGCACGAGAGUGGCACCGCAAUGGGGCAGAAGUUCACCUAUCCUUCUCUCGAACUGCAAAGCAUCAUCAUCGAAGAGGCAAAGAAGCGAGGCUAUCUGACGGUUGCCCAUGCCACAUGUCUCAAGGACACGAUUGAUGUCCUCAACGCGGGCGUGCAUGGUCUGACACACACCUUUUGCGACCAGCCGCCCACCCAAGAGGUUAUUGAAGCGUACAAGAAGAAUAACGCCUGGGUGAACCCAACGCUUGCUACAAUGGGUAGCUUGACAACCGAAGGAAAGGAGUUGCAGCAUCAAUUCGCGCAUGACCCAAGAGUAAAGGGGAUGAUUAACGAAGACCGCGUGGGGAACAUGUGCAAAUGCAUGGGAUUUUGCGCGGAGAAUGGAAAAGUUGAGUAUGCUUAUCAGGGAGUAAAGAUGCUCAAGGAUGCAGGCAUCGACAUCUUGUGUGGAAGUGACUCGGCUGGCCCCGCAGUCGGCACUGCCUUUGGCCUCUCCAUGCACCACGAACUUCACAUUUACGUGCACAAGGUGGGAAUGACGCCGGUGGAGGCUCUUCGCUCUGCUACGAGUCUGGUUGCGAAGCGCUUCAAGUUUGAGGACCGCGGUCGGUUAGCUGAGGGCUUGAAUGCCGAUAUGCUACUUGUUGAAGGCAAUGUACUUGAGGACAUUGACGCGACACUGAACAUCCGCGCUGUUUGGCGCGAUGGAAAGCCUUGCAGCUUUUACAUUGAGAACCUGAAAUAAUUGUAGAGCUGUUGUGGUGGUGAACUGGAGUUGAGGUGUUUGAAGGUACCAGGGGGUCGGAGCAGGGGUUGUGGUGUUGAAGUUUACAAAGUCUUCUUGGGUACCAGUGAAAAGGAGAGAACGUUUCGGCCUACCCUACUGUUCGUAACCGAGAACGAGUAAAUUUUUAGUUUUCUUUUUUCGGAGUUUAUGGCAAUGUAGGCAGAA